AUGAGCAUUACAUCAGGUUACGAAGAUCGCGGGAGGUGGAAUGGAACCACGAAAUCCGCUACAUCGGCGACUAGCUACAUGAAUGGACUAAGCUUAAGUGAACGAAUCGAACUCGGCUAUGAAACAGAGAAAACUGGAUGCACAUGGGGAAAUAGCGAAGAGGAUGAUGCCUUGAUCCUUCAAAAGUAUUGA